AUGGGAAGAGGAGGAGUUUUUGUGGUGGUUAUGUGUGUGGUGAUUCAGGGUUUCGUGGCGACUGAAGCGAUAAGGACAGGGGGGGUUCAGAUGAAGGAGGGUGUAGUAGGCGGCGGCGGAGAUCACCGGAGCAAGGAAACUUUUAGGGCGGCUCCGGCGGUUGAUGUUGUAGUGCUGGCUACCGGUGGUGGGUAUGGAAAAGGUUGGAAAGGUGGGGUGGGGUCUGGUGGGGGGUUUGGGCAAGGGGGUGGGUCAUCAGGAGGAUAUGGGUAUGGGUACAAUAAUGGGGGAGGAUGCAGCGGCGGCGGCGGAUGGGGCGGUGGCGGUAGCGGUGGUGGUAGCUGCGGAGGCAGCUGCGGUGGCUGGGCUGGUAACUGUGGAGGCGGAGGAGGAGGAGGCGGGGGAGGUGGAGGUGGAGGUGGGGAAGGUGGAGAGUAUGGUUCGGGAGGGAAAGGUAGUAGUGGUGGCUGGGGAGGUGGUGGUGGGAGUGGUGGAGGGUUUGGUGGAGACGACGGUGGUGGUAGUGGAGGGUAUGGCCGAUAUGGGCCAGGUAACUGA